CCGGGCGGCAAAGUCCAUGCGAGUCGAGGCGCCCGGUGGGGCGCACUUGUCUCCUUUUGUAAAAGAUGCGCUGGGCACCCGCUCCGGUGAGUUGACCGCUAGCGGGAAGAGGCGGGAGCCCGCGGGGCGAGUGGAGCCGGCCCCUCCCCCGGCGCCUCCGGUAGCUGGGUCAGGACGCCCCGGCCGCGGCGCUGGAUCUUGGGACUCGGAAGCUCCCGGACUACUGACCGCCCGCCGCUUCGCUCCCGACCACCCCGCCAGCAAGUCCUAAGGUCUCCGACGACAGAGAGACCAGCGCCGCGAAAACAGAAACAAAACCUGAGAAAUGCCUCAUUCCAUAAAUAGAGAAAUGAUACUUGGCAUUGUGGUGGGAACUGCUGGAAUCAGCUUGCUGCUUUUGUGGUAUCACAAGGUUCGUAAACCAAGGACAGCAGUGGAUUUACCUAAAUUUCUUUCUCUGGGUAAUUCACUUGAUUUGAUGACUUUGCAAGAUGAAAUGCCUAGUGGCCAAGGAACAACAGCGAUCUUUCAAGGAAGGCAGCUUCAGAUACUGGAGAAGUUAAAUGAAUUACUGACAAAUAUGGAAGAACUCAAAGAGGAAAUCAGAGUUCUUAAAGAAGCCAUUCCAAAGCUGGAGGAGUAUAUACAAGGUGAACUUGGAGGGAAGGUAACUGUUCACAAGAUAAGUCCUCAGCACAGAGCUAGGAAAAGAAGGCUUGCCCCAGUUCAGAGUUCAGCAACAAGUAAUAGUUCAGAGGAAGCAGAAAGUGAGGGAGGGUAUGUUACAGCUAAUACUGACACCGAAGAACAGAGUUUUCCAGUCCCUAAGGCAUUUAACACUCAUGUGGAGGAAUUAAAUUUAGAUGCCCUUAUUCAGAUGGCUGAUAAUUUACGAGUGAAUGAGUCCAGAAAAGUGGAGAGUUUUGAGCUGCUUUGUGACCACAAAGAAAAGUUUAGAGAUGAAAUAGAGUUUAUUUGGCGGUUUGCUCGUGCUUAUGGAGACAUGUAUGAGCUAUCUACAAAUACACAAGAAAAGAAGCAUUAUGCUAAUAUUGGAAAGACAUUAGGUGAAAAAGCUAUUACGAGAGCACCCAAGAAUGGAUAUUGUCAUCUAUGGUAUGCAGUUUUGUGUGGCUAUGUAUCUGAGUUUGAGGGCUUACAAAACAAAAUUAACUAUGGAUAUCGCUUCAAGGAACAUCUAGAUAAAGCAAUUGAAUUUUUACCUGAAGAACCCUUUUUGUACUACCUCAAGGGAAGAUACUGUUACGCUGUUGAAGAACUACAGCCUGCAUUUUCUAAGUCCAAUUACAUGUUCAUGGCCAAGUGUUAUGCCGAUCUUAAUCAAAUUGACAAUGCUGUGAAGUUCUGUAAUUUGGCGGUGUUGCUUCCUUGUAUUACCAAAGAGGAUAAAGAUGCUCAGAAAGAGGUGAAAAAAAUAAGCACUUCCUUGAAGAGAUGGUUUAGAAAUGCCCCUCUCAGCCUCCUUUCUUGUUACAAAUGGCAUGCAAUGACUUCCUCGGCGGCACAGCUUUCCCAGGAUGAGUGAGCCGGCACAGCUUUCCCAGGAUGAGUGAGCCUUGGGAGGACUCCCACCCCUGGAGCACUGUGAGCUGGCCUGGGGGGCGCUGUGGCAGUGGGUGGUCCAUCUCUGCCCAGUCUCGGUGCCUCCAGCUCCCAGUCCCAUCACACCCCAGCCGUGAGGAGGUCCCAGGAAGCCUUGAAACCCAGAUCACGAUGGGCCCUAAGCAGGAGACCAAGCAGCACCUUGUUCACAUCCUCCUCCUUGGAGUCCAAGUCAGCGUCUGAAGUUCAGUGCAGGUCCCAGGAGCGAGCUGUCGCUGGGGCCACUGAUGAGCAGGCUGGAAGUCGCCCAUUGACCCUCUCGCCCACCACAUCCAUCACAGUGUUCUCAUGCCUAACAUUUCAAUGAAAGCUUUUUACUUGCUGAGAUGGGUUGAGAAAGUGCUCCCAAAAGGGAAAAAAUUUCUGCCUUCAGAUAUGAAGUGACAGGGAGAGAGCAGAGAAAGAGAGAAGAAGCCAGCAAAGAGAGGAGGCAGGUCAAGGACCAGACAAGAGGCAGCAAGCCUUAGGCAAUGCCAAGACCAACCUUUCUACUGCAAAUUUAAGGUGCUUCUUAUUUCCCUAAAGACAAUACAGAAUUUUUUUUAAUUUUAGUUUCUUUUUUUUUUCGGUUGCCAUAACCUUCAGCCAAUGAAAUACAGACCACAUACUAGGAUUAGGCAUUGUGGCAUUUCUAUGACCCAAUUAUUAUUUUUUUUUAAUUUUAAUUUUAUUGCUAGACUUUAGUUUCUAGUCUGUUGUUUUAGCAAUAAAGUAACUCCUCAGCUGCUUGGUCUCUUGCUUAGGGCCCACCAUUAUCUGGGUUUCAAGGCUUCCUGGGACCUCCUCAUGGCUGGGGUGUGAUGGGACUAGGAACUGGAGCUUAAAAUGAUUUAAAGUACCAUCCCUGACAGCAUGGCAGAAGUACCUAUUGUUUUGGAGAAUAUUUGGCCCCUGGGCUCAUUGCUAAUGGAUUGGAAAAAUAAAAAGAUGACCUAUUAUUUUUA